AUGUCCGUUUCGUCGUUAUCUUCUCUUUCGGACAACGAAACGCCUCUAAGAAGUCGAACAAAUGAUAUCAAGCUUAACGCUUUCGAAAAAUAUGACGAUAAAGAAUUUCGUGCGCGGUUCCGCGUUUCCAAAGAAACGGUGUUGUAUUUGGAUUCUGUAUUCGGCAGCACGAUAAAACCAUUAACGAAAAGAAAUAGAUCUUUGCAGCCCGUGGAUCAAAUAUUGAUAACCCUUCGGUAUUACGCUACAGGCAGUUAUCAACGAGUUACAGGGGACAUAUUCCACAUCGAGCAACCGACUGUGCAUCGAAUCGUGCAUAGAGUUACAGAAAAAAAAGCGAAUAUGAGAUCACUUUUUAUAAAUAUGCCAACUGCUGAGGAACGUCUAGAAGUAGCAAAUGACUUUUAUGCCAUUGCUGGAUUUCCAAGAGUGAUUGAUCCAAGAUCCAAGAUGAUUCCAAUUAAAAUUAAUUCUCCAGGGGGAGCUCAAUCUGAAAGUUUCCGAAAUAGAAAAGGUUACUUCUUCUUGAAUGUGCAAAUGGUAUGUGAUGCGAAAUUGCGCAUAAGAAAUAUCAUUGCAAGAUGGCCAGGUUCUGUACAUGAUAGUACAAUUUUUAAUGAAUCACCACUGUGUGCCCAAUUAGAGCGAGGAGAUUUUACCACUAUGGUACUUCUAGGCGAUAGUGGUUAUCCAUGUCGCCCCUAUUUGUUAACCCCAAUUUUAAAUCCAAGGACACCAGCUGAAGAAGCAUAUAACCGUUCACAAAUUAGAACCAGAAAUCCAAUAGAAAGGCUCUUUGGUGUUCUUAAAAGAAGAUUUCCCUGUCUCCACUAUGGGUUAGGACUGAAGACUACAAAUAUUCCACCUAUUAUUGUGGCAUGUGCAGUACUCCACAAUAUUGCUAUUUUAAGGCAGGAUGAAGUAGUUGAAGAGGAUGAUCCUUUAACUAUUGUAGAGGAAGAAAUUAUGGUACAACCCAGCAAUGAAGUAAAUCAAAACUUUACUGUGAGGACAUCGUUAAUAAAUACAUAUUUUACUGGUUAA